GACCCCUCCCCCGGCGAAGAGGAGCAGGAGGGGCAUGGCCUCCGCCCGCCAGGAGUCAGUGACCUUCCAGGAUGUGGCCGUGGACUUCACCUGGGAGGAGUGGGGGCACCUGGGCCCCGCCCAGAAGGAGCUGUACCGAGAGGUGAUGCUGGAGAACUACAGGAACCUGGUGUGCCUGGGCCUUGAAGUUUCCAAACCGGAUGUGGUCUGCCAGCUGGAGCGAGGGGAAGCACCUUGGAUGCCAGAGGGAGCAGUUCCAAGAAGUUGCAGUCAGAAUUGGGGAGCUAGGCCUGAAACCAAGGAGUCAGCUCUAAUCAUUUCAGUUGAAGAAUCAUUCCAAGAUGGAAUCAUAGGGAAUAGUAUCUGUAUCUCCAAAAUGGAAAAAGCCUGGGAAUGUGAUGCCAAGUUACAGAGGCAGCAGAGCGAUAAGAAGUGUUCUCAGCAAGUAAAAAUCACCCCAAAGAAAUCUCACAAUAAACUGAGAGUCCAGGAAUAUAAUAAAUUUGGCAGAAGCAUCAAUCGGGGGCUAAUCCUUUUUCCACAGCAGAGAAUAUAUGUAGGAAAGAGUCUCUGUAAAUAUGAUACAUUUAAAAAGUAUUUCAGACUACAUACAGACCUAAGAAAAUUUAGCAGAAUCUGUGCAAAAAAGAUAUUUUCUAAGUAUGAUGAAUGUGGGAAAUCUUUCAGGUAUACAUCAGAUCUCACUGAAAAUCAUAGAUUAUAUACUGGAGAAAAACAUUAUCAAGGUAAUGAAAGUGGGAAAAAUUUCCACCAGAGUUUAUUGCUUACUCUACCUAAUAGAAUUCAUACAGGAGAGAAGUUUUAUGAAUGCAGUGAAUGUGGGAAGGCCUUCCAAUGGAGAUCAAGACUUACUAAACAUCAGAGAAUUCAUACUGGAGAGAAACCUUAUGAAUGUAAUGAAUGUGGGAAGACCUUUCAGCAGAGAGUGCAACUUACCCAACAUCAGACAAUUCAUACUGGGAAGAAGCCUUAUGAAUGUAAUGAAUGUGGAAAAGCCUUUCGUCUAAGCACAGGACUUAUUCAUCAUCAGACAAUUCAUACUGGAGAAAAAUCUUUUAAAUGUAAUGAAUGUGGGAAGGCCUUCCCUGUGAGUGCAUAUCUUACUCAACAUCAGAGAAUUCAUACUGGAGAGAAACCUUAUAAAUGUAAGAUCUGUGGGAAGGCCUUCCGCCUGAGUACAGGACUUACUCAACAUAAAACAAUUCAUACUGGAGAGAAACCUUACGAAUGUAACGAAUGUGGGAAGGCCUUCCGCCUGAGAACACAGCUUACUGAACAUCAGACAAUUCAUACUGGUGAGAAGCCUUAUGAAUGCAAUGAAUGUGGGAAAGCCUUCCGUCUGAGCACAGGUCUUACUCAACAUCAAACAAUUCAUACUGGAGAGAAACCUUAUGAAUGUAAGGAAUGUGGAAAAGCCUUCAGUCAGAGGGCAGAACUUACCCGACAUCAUAGAAUUCAUACUGGAGAGAAGAUUUACAAAUGUGAUGAAUGUGGGAAGGACUUCCGAUGGAGCAGAGGACUUACACUGCAUCAGAAAAUUCAUAGUGGAGAAAAACCUUAUGAAUGCAAUGAAUGUGGAAAGGCCUUUCCCCUGAGCUCAUAUCUUACUCAGCAUCAGAGAAUUCAUACUGGAGAGAAAUGUUAUAAAUGUGAUGAAUGUGGAAAGGCCUUUCCUUUGAGCUCACAACUUACUCAGCACCAGAGAAUUCACACUGGAGAGAAACCUUAUAAAUGUAAGGUUUGUGGGAAAGCCUUCCGCCUGAGCCAAGGACUUACUCAACAUCAGACUAUUCAUACUGGUGAGAAACGGUAUGAAUGUAAUGAAUGUGGGAAAACCUUUCGUCAGAGGACAGGACUUACUGAACAUCAGACAAUUCAUACUGGUGAGAAACCUUAUGAAUGCAAGGAAUGUGGGAAGGCAUUUCGUUUGAGAGCACAACUUACCCAACAUCAGAGAAUUCAUACUGGUGAGAAACCUUAUGAAUGUAAGGAAUGUGGGAAGGCCUUCAACCACCGACCAGAACUUAAACGGCAUCACAGAAUUCAUACUGGAGAGAAACCUUAUGAGUGUAAUGAAUGUGGGAAUGCUUUUCGCCUUAGCACACACCUUACUCGACAUAAGAGAAUUCAUACUGGUGAGAAACCUUAUGAAUGCAGCGAAUGUGUAUUGUCAUUUCGCCUGAAGACACAGCUUACUCAACAUCAGAGAAUUCAUACUGAAAAGAAACUCUAUGAAUGUCAUGAUUGAGGGAAACUUUCUUCCAAAGCAAACACUUUACUCAAUAUCAGCUGCUGUUGAAGACAGAAAUCUUGUGAAAAUAAGGAAUGUGAAAGAACCUUUAGCUAGAGCACAGACCUAAAAAUCAGGUAAUUUAUAUUGGAAGGUCAUGUGGACAUUGUGAAUGCAAGGAAUUUCACCCAAACAGUCCUUAACUGAAAAUAAGAGAAUUCAAACUGAAGGAUAUUUUGUAGAUUCACCAAGCACUUUUCAGAGCAGCUGUUCUAAAACCUUCGUCUCCCUUCUGUGCCUACUUUCCACAGUCCCCACAUGUACUGCAGGUGAUUUAGAUCUAAUUUAUGACAAAACAGUCACAAUCUGACAGGCUCUCACUACGGUUUCAUACCCCAGAACUCUCUGGAAUUGUCAAGCAUUCUUUCCUUCCUUUUAGUCUUAAAAGAAGAGAUCCUCUUUCUUUAUGAAUGUGGAAAGGCCUUAAGACACGGAACAGAACUCAGAUAUUAUCAUGGCAUUCAUACCGGACAGAAACCUUUUCACAGUGAAAUAGGAAGGCCUUCCACAUGAGCAUAUACCUUAUCCUGGAGAGAAAUCUUAUGAAUGGAGUGAACAUGAAGAUUUCAGUCAGAGCUAUUCUUCUUUUUUUUUUUUAAAAAAUAAGUUAUUAUUAAAAUCUCUUUCUUAUAGUUAUCCCAAGUAUUCUUCCCUGUCCUCCUCCUAGGGAGCCAUCCCAUAGAAUAGUAUUUUUAGAGAGGGAAAAAAAAAAAAGAACAUAACUGUUCGAUGUAUAGAAAAAGCCCCCAAAUAUGCAGCGCUAACACCUGUCCUUGUGAGCCUCCCACCUUCAUGAAUGGGCAGGUUGGAGGGGCUGUCCUCUCAUCUUCAUUCUGGUCUUGUUGGAUUUUUAUCAUUUUGUUACAUUUCCUUUUGACGUUUUGUUGCCUCAUCCUUUCCAUUUCCAUCGUUGUAAUUACUGUGCGUUUUCUUGGCUCAUCGUUCUUUACUGAAAAUUAGAGAAUGCAGACUAAAGUUGCACAAAUGAGGUGUGUAAAUUCCUUUGUAUGUUUUCACAGUAGCUUUUCUUUUUCCCUCCUCCUGAAGUCUCCAGUAACCUCUUUACCACAGUCUCCACACAUACUGUAGAUGGCAUAAGACUCUUGAUUUGCUGAGGAAAUUGUGACAAUCUGGUGUUUGCUCAGGCCCCCAUCUUCACUCCUCAGAAACUAUUGUAAUGAUCAACCACUCUUCCUUCUAGUCUAGAGGAAGAGAGGUAUUCUUGCACUUUGUCAAGACUAAUUCCUUUUCUCGUACCUUUGAUCCCACCCUCUCCUGCCAACUCCAGAACCUCAUCUAAGUAAUUAUGUACUCUUUUGUUGUCAGGCUAUCCCUCUCAAUCUCAUCUUUCCUAGCUGCCUACAAUUUAAGUUCUUUCACUCUAUAAAUAUUUAUCAUGUGCACAUUUCCAAUCAAUUGCUAAAUCUUUGUUUCUAACUACAACAUUCCACUCACACAGGACCACCUUAAUUCAGGUUCUUAUCACCUGGCCAAAUUAUGAUAAUUAUGAUCUGGAUUCCUGGCCUGACGUGAAUAAAUGAAGAAUGUAUUAAACAUUUACCAUGUGCCAGGUACUAUGCGAAGAGCUGAGGAUAUAAAUACAAGCAAAACAGUACCUGCCUCCAUGAUCUCUUAUGUCAUUAUGGAAAGUCAGCACAUAUUAGGGAAUGUGGGUCAGGGAGGAGUAUUCUGGAUAGGGUAGCCAAAGGGAAUGAUGAUUUGGAGUCAUAGGACCAAUGACAGACACACCUUUUCUAGGGAUGAUAGCUUUGGCUUGAUUAUCGUUUGCACCUAGAGCUUGAGAUGGGAGAAGGGCAUGUGCAGUGCCAUGCAGAUCGCCCCAGUAAGAGGCCUAGUGGGCUUGGGUCCCAGUGAGGCAAGGUUGAGUACUUGCCCAUUAAGAGCCCAGGCCAUCCUCCACAUAGCUAACAGUGAUUCUCUUAGAGCAUGGGUCUAUGCAUGUCUCUUCAAGUGUCCUACGCUACCCCACCCUCACUGAAAAAAUGAAGCCAUUCACCCAAAGUGGCGAAGUCAGACUCAAAUAGCAAUGAAUACCUGUGCCCGUAUGUUGAUUUAGAAAAACACUAAUAUGUUAUGGUUAUUUUAUUUGUUUUGUUAAACAUUUUCCAAUUAUAUUUUAAUCUGGUUCCAUUGCCCUCUAACUUAGAUCUCCCUUCUUGCUCUGUCAUCUGUCAUCAUUCAUGCAUUUCCUCCUUCAAUUCAGGCUCCAAGGAAGAGAUGGCCUUUCUUGCUAAGAUUGGCCCUUCUAUGUGUGCCCCAGAUUUCACUCCUUUUGAUUUUACUUUUCACCUUCCCUCUCUCAUAUUCAAUCUCUCCCUAUCUACUGGUUCCUUUCCUGAUGGCUAUAAAUAGGCCCCAACCUCAUCCAUGAAAAACCUUCAGCAGAUCCCACCGUGGCUGCCAACUGUAACCCCAUGUUUUCCCUUCUCAGGUAAAGUUCUUGAAAAAGUGGCUUAUACUCAGUGUUUCCAUUCCCUCCCACCUCCUCACUUUCUUCUAAACUCUUUGCUAUCUGAGUUGAUAGUCAUCAUUAAACUGAAAUUGUUUUCUAAAGUUACUAAUGAGUUUAAUUACCAAAUCUAAUGACCUUUUCUCAGUCCUCAACUGUUCUGUAACGUUUCACAGCGGACUACCUUUUCUUUUUUUUAAAAAUUAUCUUAUUUUAUUUUUUUGGACUACCUUUUCUACUGGGAUACUCUCUACUCCAGAUUUUUGAUGUUCUCUCUCCUGGUUAUCCUCCCUGUCUGACCACUCCUCAGUCUCCUGUACUAGAACUUCAUCCGUGUUAUGCCCACUUAACACUUAGGGUGUCCCUAAGGAUCUGUUCUGUCUUUUCCUUAUGCUCUCUCAUUACGUGAUCUUGCCAGCUCUCAUGGACUCAAUUAUCUAUGCAGAUGAUUCUCAGAUCUAUAUAUCCAACCAUAGCCUCUAUCCUAAGCUCCAUUUCUACAUUACCGACUGCCUAUUGGACAUUUUGAACUGGAUGCCUCACAGACAUCUCAAACUUAACAUGUCCAAAAUGGAACUCUUUAGAUUUUCCCCAAACACUCCCCUUUUCCUGUUGAGGACACCACCAUUCUCCCAGUCAUCCACUUUUGUAAUCUGUGUCAACUCUGACUCUUCACACUCACUCACCCUACAUAUUCAGCUAGUUGCAAAUCUUGUAAUUUCUUUCCCCAGACAUACAACCCCUUCUCUUUGUUCAUGCAGUCACCACCAAACUUCAGAGCCUCAUCACUACUGCCCUCUUACUGGUCUGCCCAUCUCAGGUCUCUUCACCCCAAUCCACCCUCCGUACGACUGCCAAAAUGAAUUUCUUUAAAAAAAAGUUUAUUGUUCCAAACUUGACAAACAUUUUCAUAUACAAGGACAGAAAAAAUGAUUUUAUACAAAAGUUAUGGAUUUCAUGU